AUGAUGGAAAACUUUUUUGAUGAAUUAAACUUUCAAUUUUAUGUCGACGCAUCUGACUCUAUCUAUCUAUCUAUCUAUCUAUCUAUCUAUCUAUCUGUAUGUAUCUGUAUCUAUCUAUCUAUCUAUCUAGAAUUUCUUUUCCGACGUGCCUCCGGUGUCAACCACCAUUUCCGGUCCGACGUGUGGCGCGUCCCGUCGCCAUUUUGUUUUUAUUCUUGUUCGUGUCUCCGGCCCGAAUCACCUGUGACCCCACCCCCCCAUUCCUUACUCUAUCCGAUCGGAGACUCUGAAAUCUAUCUUUUGUUCUCCUCUUUCUCUAUGUCGCUUUUUUCUGUCUUGGCCAGAGGGCAUCAUUGUCGUUUCAGUAGCCAUUUUACGAUUUCUAUUUCUCCCCGCCCCCUUUUUCUCUCUCUCUCUCUCUCUCUCAAUUUCUGUUUUUCUUUUCUGGAUAUUUUAUCCGCUUCUGUUUUCUUUCCUAAACACAUUUCUGUGCAUUCCGUUGCUAUUUUUUUCAACCCGUUAAACAUUCCUUAUAGGAUGAUUGAUGUUUUUAGCCUUGUACAAAGAUUGCUUUUAUCCUACAAAUAUUUUCUUUCGACUCGUUUCAUCAGUACGGACAUUCUCUCGGCGCAUGCGCCCUCAAUUUGA